AUGCAAAGUAAUUUCCUUUCACCACUGUCAAGUGUCUCACACUUCGUUCAAUGGUUUAAAAAGUUUUUCGACGCUAACUAUCAGGGAGAACCUCUUGGUCCCGUUCAUGCGAGAGCGAACGCUGGUGUGACUCCCGCUUCAAAUUCGCUGCAGUUUCUACAACAGCAAAGAAAGCACCCGCUCGAGCUGGAGCUCCCGCUGCUCGGGUCCUCGAAGCCCCAAGAACUCCUGCAUCGGAAAGACAAAGGAAAAAGAAGAACGCACGGCCUCUGCUUUUCUACCGUAUCAAGGAUGUCCCAAGCUCUAAAGGAUAAUUCAACUCAAGAUUUAACUAAACUAUAUUCACUGUCAUUUCUUUCGUGCAUCUGUGCUCGGUCAAAUAAAUCACUUUCCUAG